AUGCUCCAUGGUGACAUGAACAUCUAUAGGCUUGUUGUGUAUGCUCAAUCUAUUGAGGAGUCUAAGAUGACUAGGGUGAGGAAAGAUUUAAAAAGGAGUAGGUAUGAGGAUCAAGGACAACCUAGGUUUAAGAAGAGGGCUCCAAAUCAAGAUUUAUCAAGUGCUCCUAAGGUUAACCAUGAAGGAGGUGGUGGUUCUCAAAUUGCUAAGCCUAGUUGUUCCACUUGUGGAAAGAAGCAUUUUGGGAAGUGUCUAUCCGGCACUAGUGGUUGCUAUGGUUGUGGGAAAAAUGAUCACAAGGUGAGAGAUUGUCCUAAUAAUGUGUCUAAAGGAAGGAAUGCUAGGGAAGCUCCUUAUAGUGGUCCUAAUGUUGAUGGUCAAGCAAGGAAUCGUUUCUAUGCUCUCCGAGCUAACAAGGAAGUAAAUCCGGAUGAAGGUGCCGGUAAGUCAUAA